AGGAGGCUUGGGGGACGAGGAGGGGACAGGGCCUGGGGAGGGGCUUCGCGGAGUAGGCCUAGGGGACGAGGAGGAAACAGGGUUUGGGGCGGGGCCUCCGGAGGGGCGGGGCCUGGGCGCGGCCCGGGCUCGGCAGCUCGCGGGGAAGCUCUGCUCUGGCUCCGGCAGGCACAGGCUGCUCGGGAGGUGCGCGCCGGCUCCGCCCCCGGGCCCCGCCCGUCCGCCGCGCGCCCGCGCCUCCCAAUUCCCAGAGCCGGGGCUGGGGCUCUAGGCUGCCGCGGCGGCUCUAGGCUGGGCUGCUGGGCGCGGGGCCAGGGCGGGCCGGGAGAGGCUGCGCCGGCGGCGGAUCGCGCAGAGGGCGGUGGCCUGGGCCGGCCGAACCAUGGCGGCCCCGGAGCCGGCGCCGAGGCGGGCCCGGGAGCGGGAGCGGGAGCGGGAGGACGAGAGCGAGGACGAGAGCGACAUCCUGGAGGAAAGCCCGUGUGGUCGCUGGCAAAAGCGACGGGAGCAGGUAAACCAGGGGAACAUGCCAGGGCUUCAGAGCACCUUCCUAGCCAUGGACACGGAGGAGGGGGUAGAGGUGGUGUGGAACGAGCUCCACUUCAGAGACAGGAAGGCCUUCGCGGCGCACGAGGAGAAGAUCCAGACCGUGUUCGAGCAGCUGGUGCUGGUGGACCACCCCAACAUCGUGAAGUUGCACAAGUACUGGCUGGAUACCUCUGAGGCCUGCGCGAGGGUCAUCUUCAUCACAGAGUACGUGUCAUCAGGCAGCCUCAAGCAAUUCCUCAAAAAGACCAAAAAGAACCACAAGGCCAUGAACGCCCGGGCCUGGAAGCGCUGGUGCACGCAGAUCCUGUCUGCGCUCAGCUUCCUGCACGCCUGCAGCCCCCCGAUCAUCCACGGGAACCUGACCAGCGACACCAUCUUCAUUCAGCACAACGGCCUCAUCAAGAUCGGCUCUGUGUGGCACCGAAUCUUCUCCAAUGUUCUGCGCCCUUCCACAGCGCUUCCAGAUGAUCUCCGAAGCCCCAUCCGCGCUGAGCGAGAGGAACUUCGGAACCUGCACUUCUUCCCCCCAGAGUAUGGCGAGGUGGCCGAUGGGACCGCUGUGGACAUCUUCUCCUUUGGGAUGUGUGCGCUGGAGAUGGCUGUACUGGAAAUCCAGACCAAUGGGGACACCCGGGUCACAGAGGAGGCCAUUGCUCGCGCCAGGCACUCGCUGAGUGACCCCAACAUGCGGGAGUUCAUCCUUUGCUGCCUGGCCCGGGACCCUGCCCGCCGGCCCUCUGCCCACAGCCUCCUCUUCCACCGCGUGCUCUUCGAGGUGCACUCACUGAAGCUCCUGGCAGCCCACUGCUUCAUCCAGCACCAGCACCUCAUGCCUGAGAAUGUGGUGGAGGAGAAGACCAAGGCCAUGGACCUGCACGCGGUCUUGGCGGAGCUUCCCCGGCCCCGCAGGCCCCCGCUGCAGUGGCGGUACUCGGAAGUCUCCUUCAUGGAGCUGGACAAAUUCCUGGAGGAUGUCAGGAAUGGAAUCUACCCACUGAUGAACUUUGCAGCCACUCGGCCCCUGGGGCUGCCCCGUGUGCUGGCCCCACCCCCGGAGGAGGUCCAAAAGGCCAAGACCCCGACACCAGAGCCCUUUGACUCUGAGACCAGAAAGGUCAUCCAGAUGCAGUGCAACCUGGAGAGAAGCGAGGACAAGGCGCGCUGGCAUCUCACUCUGCUUCUGGUGCUGGAAGACCGGCUGCACCGGCAGCUGACCUACGACCUGCUCCCAACGGACAGCGCCCAGGACCUCGCCUCGGAGCUCGUGCACUAUGGCUUCCUCCACGAGGUGUGCUGGGCGGUGUGGCGCGGCCUGGCGGAGGGGGCGCACGGGGCAGGCCGCGCCCCUCCGUCCCCCAUGCCUCCCUCCUUCCGCAGGACGACCGGAUGAAGCUGGCCGCCUUCCUGGAGGGCACCUUCCUCAAGUACCGUGGGACCUAGGCCUGACCCGGAGCCCCAGCCCCAGGGGACCAUGCCGGGGUGCUGCCUGGGCAGGCCAUGUUGGGGAGACCCCAGCACCGUGGGGCUGCCCUCCUCCAUGCGCCUGGGAGCACAAAGGCCCCGGUAGUGAAGGAACCCCCGCCUCCUGAGAGUGGGGCUGACCCUGCCUCGGGCGCCGAGGGGUUGGGGGGUGGGUGUGGGGGAGCCGUUAGGCCUGCCAGGUCCUUAGGAUCAGGGUUGCCCCCAGAACCCCUUCCCAUAUCCUCCAUUCUCCGCCCUGAGUUCCUACCCAGGCUGCCUGGCCAGGACCACUGCCUCCUCAGCAUGCAGGAGGCUGCCCUGUAGGGAACCCCAGCUCUGGGGCUUGGGGGUGAGGGUCAGCCCUGGACAGACCUCUGCCCAGGGAACUGCUCCAUGGGGUCUGGGAGAGCAGCCAUCCCCGGCUGGCACCAUAGACCCACACAAGGAGCCUGCACAGCAAGCCAGCGGUGACACACCUGCAGGUGUCAGGCAUGGCACUGGGCACAACAGGGACCUGGCAGGAGAAACAGACCACAGAGAGGUCUGGAGUUGAGGCUGUUGUCAGCAAAGCCCCUGGUCCCACACAGCUCUGCCCUAGAGCCACUUUGACCCUUUACCCACCCUGAGACCAGAACUUGCAGCCCCUCUGCAGAUUUCCUCUGGCCACUGCAGCCCCUCCAGUGGGCUUUUUCUCUCAUGCAUUCCCUGGCCUGGAGGCGUCAGGGACCCCACAUCCUCCCUGCUCCUCAGACUCACACCCCCUCCAUGUUACCUCCCGCACCUCCUCCCUGGGGCAGCUGCUCCCUGGGCCUGUGAGGAUGUCAGCUCCUGGCUCCCUGCCUCUCUCCCACUCCACUCCUGGCUCAGUCUUAGAGAUUUCUAUGCCCUCAUGGAUUCUACCCCUGCCUUCCUGGCCUCUUGAUUCUUGGCUUGCCUCUCCUCCAAUUCCAAACUUAGUGAAAUGGCCUUAAGCAUUUUAAACUGUAUGUAUAAAUUUAGCGCAUUCAUGCCUUUUUAAAAGCAUUUCAAAUGUCAACCAGGAAGGCACACCACUGUAUUAGUUUUAUACUGCCGCUGUAAAAUUUACCACAAACUUAGUGACUUAACACAAAUUUAUUGCAAUUCUGUAGGCUGGAAGUCUGACUAUGGGUCUCACUGGACUAGAAUCAAGGCUGGCAGGCUGCCUUCCUUCCUGGAGAUUCUAGGGGAGACUCUGUCCCCUGCUCCUUCAGGCUGCUGGCAGAAUCCACAUCCUUUCGGUGGCAGGGCCAAGGUCCCCACUUUCUUGCUGACUGUAAACUAAGGCCACUUCCAGCUUGUAGAGGCUGCCUACAUUCCUUGGCUCUUGGCCCCCUCCUCCAUCUUCAGAGCUAGCAGGUUCAGUCUGUGUCACGAAGCAUUUCUCUGGUUCUCUGCAGACAGGAAAGGUUGUCCCUAAGGACUCGUGAGAUUAGGUUGGGCCCAGCCAGAUAAUACAUGAUAAUCUCCCUCCUCAAGGUUUUUAAUAUUAAACACAUCUGCAGGACACAUUUUGCCAUGUAAACUAACAUUCACUGGUUCCAGGGAUUAAGGAAUGAACCUCUUUUGUUGGGGAAGGGUGGCAUUCUGCUGACCACAGCACUCCAACCAAAAGCCAAAAACCAAAGCAAGACUUACUAACGCAUAUCAAAUAAAUUAAAUGUACAAAAUAGUGAAUCUCAGUUAUCUUAAAUAUUCCAAUACUAUUUACAAAAUUAUUCAAAUUCUCACGCCUUCCAAUUCAAAAUUAGCAAUCUAAAGUAAUUUCCAUAUCCUAGAUGGAAACCCUCAUGCUAAACUGUCUGAUUAUGCAUGGUUCUAAAUGGUUUCAGUGGCAAAUACAUAACAUUGUACUACUGAUUAAACUGAACUUAAAAGCAUCAAUACUACCAUUGCUGCACUUAA